UCGCGCACGCGUAUUAUCUAAAAUACUUGUAUUCCAUUCUAUUGUGAGGAGCACGUUGCACGAGAUUUCGAAUCGUAGGGCCUCAUUUUUAAGUACAGCAUUAGAAUAGGAGCAUUCGUAAUGGCGGACAGUGCUCCAGCCGCUGGUAGGGGAGGAUUUCGUGGUGGUUUUGGAGCUGGUGGUCGUGGUAGGGGUCGGGGGCGAGCACGUGGCCGUGGUCGGGGGAGGGGACGCGGACGUGGGAAGGAAGGAGACAAGGAAUGGAUACCCGUCACCAAGCUGGGAAGAUUAGUUAAAGAUGGCAAAAUAAAGUCACUUGAGGAAAUAUACUUGUUUUCUUUGCCCAUUAAAGAGUGUGAAAUAAUUGAUUUCUUCUUGGGCUCUGCCCUGAAAGAUGAGGUCUUGAAGAUAAUGCCAGUUCAGAAGCAGACCCGAGCAGGACAACGUACAAGAUUCAAGGCUUUUGUGGCCAUUGGUGACUAUAAUGGCCAUGUUGGGCUUGGUGUAAAGUGUUCAAAAGAGGUGGCCACAGCAAUUCGGGGAGCCAUCAUUUUGGCGAAGCUCUCUGUCAUUCCUGUUCGCCGAGGUUAUUGGGGGAACAAAAUUGGUAAACCCCAUACUGUACCAUGUAAGGUAACAGGAAAGUGUGGAAGUGUUCUGGUACGUCUAAUCCCUGCUCCUCGGGGUACUGGAAUUGUAUCUGCCCCUGUACCCAAAAAACUACUGACCAUGGCAGGCAUUGAAGAUUGCUACACAUCAGCUCGUGGGUCCACUGCCACCCUUGGAAACUUUGCCAAAGCUACAUACCUAGCCAUCCAGCAGACGUACAGUUAUCUAACACCUGACUUGUGGAAGGAUAACGUCUUGACUAAGUCACCAUAUCAGGAGUUUACAGACUACCUGAUGGCAUCACAGAAGGCUGUGGGUGCUGCCAGGCAAGAACAACCGGCCUACUAAAGUUGGGAUAUGUUUCAACGAUAAUGUAGCGUCAAACCUCGUGGUAUUCCAUUUAUGUACUGGGAAAUAAAGGUUUUUUUAUGUAA